AUGUCAGCGCCAGCCACGGAAAGCGAGGAGUCCGCAACCGCCCCCUCUGCUUGGUCCCACAUCGCCGCCGCCGACGCUGCCGCCGCCGCUUUCGACUACCAACUUGCCAACCGCCAACACGACACCGACUCCGAUACCACCCCGAGCACGCCCGACACCGCUGAACGGGAAGCAUUCGAGCGCGCAAUCGCGCGCGCCGUUGGCCCACUCUCAUCGACGACUAUUGCUGCCGCCGAUGGCUAUCGGCCUCUCGUCCGCCGGCGGAGUCUCGACCCUGACAACGUAGAAGAAGUGCCCGAGACCCCCGAUGCAACAGAACGCGAAGCGCCCAGGCGCACGAUAGGAGACGAGGCCCGACUGUAUGCGCGCCCGAUGGGAACCAGCAUAUGGUAUCGAUUGGAGGCCACGAUAAGCAACGGCACGGCCGAUCAAGCGCGAUCGAUGGAAGAUAUAGUAAGCUGGUUCGACACCACCUUUAUUCUGUCGACUAACGAGAGGCGUCGAGUAGUGAUCGGGUUAGGCCCGAUCGAACUCGAUGACGACUUUCCGGACACGUCCACCGGACCUCUCACUCCUCCGUCAGGACGACAGCCCCUCCAUUCGCAACUAGAAGGCGAAGUCGGCGACCGAUCCACUUCAGAAGACGAGGCGUCGUUCGAAGCACGAGUCGCGAACGAGAUAGGCGACACCAGACUCGACGUCACCAUUGUACCGACCUCCUCGCCGCCGUCACCGCUAUCAGAAGAUACCGGAAGCACGGAACGAGCAUCCGAAGAGCGACCAGUCGCAACAGGAGGCGAUGCACUCGCCUCACAAACCUCAUCGACCACGAUGGCGACCAGGCGCGCCCCCGCUCACAGUUCCGAACCCUACGCCCAGACAAGUACUGGCGCGCGAUACACGAGAGCUGAAGGCAACGCCGCAUCAUCGAGGACCGGAGCCGUCUGCCAUCCGACCACGCUCAUACCUGGGGAGCGCCGGCUCGUCAGGAACGCACUAGGAGACCGAACCACCGACCGUCGCGUUCGCCAACGUACGAUAGGCCGGCCCCGACAACACUUUCACUUCCGAACUGGCCGCAUGACGAGCGCGGAUCGGUCCUCCGCGACGUCGUUAUCACUUUCCUCAAUAUCGAACAUCCCCGCAUCUGGACACGGCGCCGAGCUGAUUUGCCAGGCUGGCAAGAAAUGCAAGACCUUCUCAGGACGACUGCGGCAGUACCUCCGGCGUUUGAAGUAA